GAGCGUCUGUGACUGGCAGAGGGACUCCCGCUGCUGCUCAAAGACAGAGAUAGAGGACUUUCUGCUGUACAUAAAGACUGCAAGAUCUCGUCCACCAUGGACAGAGCCUCGGUCUUUGUCAGAUAUUAGUACGUACGGUAGUAAUGUCUCGGGGUCUCCACGCCUCCGCCUCGUCGGCCGCCGCUCCACUGCAACAGGGCGCAGAGCGGCCGUUGCUUCUCGACGACAACGACGACGACGACGACCACGACGACGUCAAAACCAGUGUCCCUGACAAAUCCUGCAUCCGCGUCACUGUCGGUUCGCUCCCAGACGAAGAAGAGUUGGACGACGAGCGCCCGCUUUUGUGCUGGUGGUGGUCGCUGUUCGCUUCGCCGAAGAAAACCGAGACUCUGCCCCUGCUGCCGUCCAACGAUCGGCCGGUCAAACGCUGCCGCUGGCGCUUUCGACGGUCUAGGGUGUCUCGCUGUGCGUUGGCCUCGGCGCUGGUUAUUUUUGUCAUGCUAGGCGUUCUGCAAUUCGUCUCACUUGUCUGCGGCAUCGUUCUGUCGUUCUUCCCGGAUGAGAUCGAUCGCGCGGCGACUCACUGGAAGGACCGGACGGGCUACGAGGGAGCCGACCUGUUGCACUGGCCGACGGAUGUCUCGCGCGAUCUUCAGCCCGUGGCGUGCCAUUCGCACAACGACUACUGGCGUCGGGUGCCGCUGUACUCGGCCCUGCAGGCCGGAUGUGUCAGUGUCGAGGCCGACAUCUGGCUCUUCGACCAGGAGCUCUACGUCGGCCACACCACCUCGGCUCUGACCCGUAGCCGCACGCUGCGCAGCCUCUACCUCAACCCGCUGCUGUCCAUUCUCGACCGCCAGAACCCCAUCACCCACUUCCACCCGACUCGCGACCGUCCGCUGCACGGCGUGUUCGACACCGCCCCGACCCAGACCCUCGUCCUCCUCAUCGACUUCAAGACCGACGGCGCCGCCACCUGGCCCGCCCUCGUGGACCAGCUGACCCCGUUGCGCGAGCGCGGCUACCUCACCUACUUUGACGGUGGGAAGGUCAUCCCGGGCCCCAUCACCGUCGUGGGCACGGGAAAUGCCCCCUUUGACCUGCUCAUGGCCAACUCGACCUAUCGAGAUGUCUUCUUCGACGCCCCGCUCGACAUGCUAGCAGAUGGGAACGACGACGAUCCAGAUACCGAGCAUGAAUUCUCCAAUCCUCUAUCUCUAUCUAAAUAUUUAAAACCCGACAAAAACGCCGGCCAGGGCCAGACCGGCACCCCCGCCACCAUCGGCCCAGAAACCUUCAACGCAACCAACAGUUUCUACGCCUCCGUUUCCUUCUCGGCCUCGAUCGGAUACCCCUGGCGGUUCCGGCUGACUCCGCACCAGAUCGGCAAGAUGCGCGCCCAGAUCCGCGGCGCGCACCGUCGCGGCCUCAAGGUCCGCUACUGGGCUCUCCCCAGCUGGCCGCGCAGUCUGCGUAAUCAUCUGUGGACGAUUCUUGUCGAGGAGGGUGUCGAUAUUCUCAAUGUAGAUGAUUUGCGGAGCGCCACGAGAGGGAAAUGGAAGGUGAAUGUGUGGGAUUGGCUUUAUUUUCCUAACUAGUUUCUUCUUCUUCUUCUUCUUCUUCUUCUAGAUGGCGUUGGAUGAUACCACGACUGACGAUAGAUUCCUACGAUAAAUAUACCCUUUGAAUAGUUACAAUGUUGUUGAAUUGAAUAUAUUCUUGAAUGAUUA